AUGAAUCGCAGAGUGCAAAUAUUGGUGAUCUUGGGCCUGGUUUUUGGCAGUCAAGCGCGUAUUCCCAACCUGCGGCGAGUAUUUGGAUCGGGCCGUAGUAGCUUGGAUAUAGAUGUCGAGGAACCGAGUGGUCCACAAAUUCUCAUUUAUUCCCCCGGCGAUGCCAUGGCACGAUCCGAUGACCAGGAGUCCACCUUCCAUGAACCACAAAUCAGGGAGGAAGUGGCGGACACCGAACCGGAUAAGGACAGUCGCAAAGUUCCAGAUUACCUCUACUCGAAUGCCAUUCCCAUGGUUAAUGAUCAGAAUGUGAAGUAUGUGGUUCCACAAGUGGCCGCCUUUCCCGUGGCCUAUGGCCCUCAAUUAAUAUCAAACAAGAAUGCCAUUAGCCCGAAUCAAGGAAAUGGCCUUUCAUAUGUCGUGGUGCCCCGCGUCCAAUUGGGUUUCAAUGUUCAAGGACAAUCGGGUUUCAAUUGGCCUAGUCUGAAUCUGCUGCCAUCGAAUCUGGCCGGCGAAUCCACCGCUACUGAGAAGGAAGAGCCUCAUCCACCCACUGCAUACAUUCCGAUUCCUGUGCCCGGUCCUCCUGGCCCGCCGGGCCCACCCGGUCCACCAGGGCAGCGGGGACCUGCAGGACCACCAGGUCCACGGGGUCCCCGAGGUCCUGCCGGUGAGUCUGGCGUUAUUUCAGCUCAGAAACCUCAGAGCAUUUGGUACACCCAAGCGGGUAGCAGCAAUAAUAACUUUAAUAGCAAGCCCCAGUACAACCAGCCAUUUUCCGGUGGUUAUCAAAGCUAA